AUGACUGCUGCAAGUAAAAAUGGAGUUGAGAAAGAAGAAGGAGGGCCAUUAAUUGCUCGACGAAGGACGCUUCAACAGAAACCACCCAGUGCCUUACUCACUUUUCUCUUCACCAGAGAGAAAGGAGAGUUCUGCGGACGAACUCCAAGGAGUUGGCUGGAAAUCACAAUUUUCUACAUUAUUUUCUAUACCAUCUUAGCCGCUUUCUGGAUUGCUUGCCUUUCUAUAUUUCUCGGAACUUUGGAUCGAAAGGUGCCACGUUUCUAUGGGAAAGGAUCAAUUCGUGGAAUUCACCCUGGAGUCGGUUAUCAACCAUGGUUGAAGGAGAAGCCAGAUUCAACGCUGAUUAAGUUCAACGUUCGAGAUCAUAGGACGUACAAGCCUUUCGUCGAUCAAUUGACCGGAUAUUUGGAUAAAUACAAUGAUGCGAAUGAAACUCGAGAAUGCAAUGAUCCAGAUGAUAGCAAUUGGCAGGCGAGCGGAGAUGAAUAUGUGCCAGCCUGUCAAUUUAAGCUCGAUUUGUUCAAGAAAGCAGGUUGCUCACCUGAAGAUCAUUUUGGAUACAAGAGUGGAAAACCAUGUGUGAUCAUUACUUUGAACCGACUCAUUGGAUGGGAGCCAUUCGCGUACAGCUCGGAAAGUGUUCCUGAGGCUGUUCGUGACCGUUAUCGUAGCGAUUCAAUUGCAAUUAACUGUGAUGGAACCAAUCUGAUUGAUAAAGAACACAUUGGAAACUUGACGUACGUGCCACCUCACGGUAUUGAGGGAAAAUACUUCCCGUAUUCUGUGUUACCAAAUUAUCAUCAACCAAUUGCAAUGGUGAAGUUUGAAAGCCUCCCAACAAAUAAGUUAGUCUUUGUGGAGUGUCGGGCUUACGCUGGCAACAUUCAACACGACAUCACUCAAAAACUUGGGCUGAUCCAUUUUGAGGUCUUCGUACAGUCCAAAGCAGUCAAAGGUCUCAAGGCAAGUUUGAAUACUGAUGGAGUUUCAAGCCAA